AUGACAGCAGGAACAGCCUCAUUUACGGCGGCCACGCCAUCAGGCUCAGAUGUUCACUCGAACCUGAGCUCGACCUUUGCUGCGACCUCGAACUCAUCAUUGAGCUCUUUAACAGACUACUCCAACUACCCUCUGGCACGACAGGGCGACCGCACCUACCUCCGCGAUCCGGAAAAUAUCUAUCCUCUGCCAUGCGAUCAGCCUGAGAUCCACCGUCAAUCCCUGCGCACGAUGAUGCUGCUGCGCGUCUUUGGCGGCCCGUUUUGCAAUCCUUACCUGGCCAAUCGCCCGCCGAAGCGCAUCCUGGAGAUCGCCUGCGGGUCGGGUCUAUGGUCUGGUCUAUGCCAUGAGUAUUUUCUUCGUCACAACCAGCCGAUCGUAACCUUCGUCGGAAUCGACUCUGUCUCCUUGGCCCCGGAUCUGCGCAAGCAGGGAAUGAAUUGGCAGUUCAAACGACAUGACCUCCGCAAGCCCCGCCUCCCUUUUCCGGACGACUACUUCGAUUUUGUCUUUAUUAAGGAUGCCGGCAUGUGCCCGUCUAGUCCGGCGCAACAAGCCUCGGGUCUAAGUGAACCACUGCGGGUUUUGAAGUCGGGAGGGAUUUUGGAAGUGUGGGAUUCGGAUUCGGUGUUUCGCUCGCUGCUGCCCAACCCGGCACCAGCUCGGAAAACCUCGUCGAAAGACCAGGAAAUUGCUGAUUCGACUGCUACCUAUACAUUUUCAUCUGCCACGCCUUUUACAAGGGCCCAGAACAAAUAUCUUGUGGACUACAAUUCUUGGGUCGAGAAAUCCUUCGACCGGCGCAAACUCACAGCCCUGCCUUGCGCCACCAUCGGCCUGUCUUUCAAUUCCGAGGUCGACCUGUUAGAGAAUGUGGACAGUCGCCGCAUUGCAAUCCCACUUGGAGAUAUCCGAUGGGAGCGGGAGGGCCAAGGGAAGGAUUCAAAGGGCCGCCCACGCAAGGCAUUGACUCCGGAUCAGAUCUCCAUCCGUCGGACCGCCCUUCUCACGGUGGUUCAAAUGAUCGAAGGACUGGAGCCCAUGCUCAUCGAGGCCAGCGGGAAAGGUCGCGACGAGUGGGACCGGUGGUGGGCCGCAAUGACCGCAGACCUCCUUCAGAAGGGCGGCCUCGCAAGUGGCGAGUGUCUCGAAGUGAGUGCAUGGUGGGGUCGAAAGAAAUGA